UCUAGAAGAGUUGAAGCAAUAAUAAUGAUGAAGUGAGAGGAGAGUAGAGAGAAAGAGAGGGGGGGUGUCGCAGUUUUUCACUUCUAUCUGUGGACUCUGCAGACCAGUGGACCCCUAGGAAAAAUCCCUCCGCCCACUGCCUCCUCCUCCUUCUCUUCCCUCCCCUUCCCCAUUAAAUACCAUUUUCAGGCCUUUCCUCUUCUCAUACAAACUACUUCCAACUCCUACACAACUUCACGCUUCGAUACCCAAUUCCCCUUCUCACUUCUCCAGACGCUUACGAUGUUCGGAGUCCUCACCCUUCCCGCCGCCCCCUCCCUCCGCUUCGCCGGAUCCCGACGGGAGAAGAUCUCCUCCUCCCCCCCCGCCCGCUGGACUCCCUGCAAGGCGUCCGCAGCCGUCGUGGACGCCAGGAGGCCCACCACCAGCCUCUACGAGGUCCUGCGCGUCACCCACGACGCCUCCCCGCUUGAGAUCAAGGCCGCCUACCGCACCCUCGCCAAGCUCUAUCACCCCGACGCCUCUUCCGAGUCCGACGGCCGGGAUUUCAUCGAGAUCCACAACGCCUACGCCACGCUUUCAGAUCCGGCCGCUAGAGCCCACUACGAUCUCUCGUUGGGCGUCGGACCCGGAGGACGACGACGACCUUUUGCUUACUCCUCCUCCUCCUCCUCUGUUGAUUACCGAUCCGGAUUCUACACUAGCCGGAGAUGGGAAACGGAUCAGUGUUGGUAGCACCGUAGCGCUGUAGGACUAGGGUACGGUUUCACACCGCCGCCGGCCGCCGGCGAAAUAGAAAAUUGUGUAAAUUCCCCGAUCCCAAAUUUUCUCCCACAGUGAAAAAAAUUUUUGAGUAAAUAUAUAUUAAAAUAUUUCUUUUUUCCUUCA